AUGUUCGUGAGCCGAUAUUGGUAUCAAAACGUCGUCCAAUACGCGUUGCGAGCGCAACUGCUCACUCGAUUAGCAAGAAAAAGUGGCUGGCAUCGGAAAGCUCAGAAUUUUCGCCCUUGCUGUCCCAAUGUGCUCUGGGCGCUGGCUGGUGGCUUUUUCACCCUACAACAGGAACAAAUAGGUGGCGAGGAGUUGACCAAGGACGAAAAGCAAUUAUUUGAUAGCGGGACAAGUGCAUUCACGAAGAACGGUUGGGAGCUGCUAUAUGAAGACAAAGAAAAGAAUAUUAAUGUGUAUCGACGGCAAAUCCGUGUUGAUGGUCAAGAAGUCUACGAAUACCGGGUAGCUGGUACUUUCGUUGACAUAACUCCGCGGAACUACAUUGAUGCUCAAAACGAUGUAACUUACCGGUCCGAAUGGGACCAAAAUGUUUUGAAGCUAGAGGUGAUGGAAGACAGCGGAAACAAGCAGGGGGUUCCAACAUCUUCUGGCAAAAAUGUACGGGUCAGCACCUACUCAUCACAUUGCGCCGUCCGCGCUCACACUAGCGUCGAUGAAAAGGGCUUAGACUACGUGCUCACUUACUUUGACAACCCAGAGGCCAACAUCCCGCGCUAUGUCUACAACUGGAUAGUCAAUCAAGGAGGGCCCUAUUUUGUGCACGCAGCCGCAAAGAAGUUGGAGACUACAAACCGCAAACUUCAGAGUGUUUUCCCACCGACUCUUCAGAAGAAAUCGGAGCCUCUGAAACUUGCGCCGUCACCCGCAAAAUGUCCCGUCAAUUGUCCUGUCCACUGUCCGAAGACUGCGGAAUCUGCAUCAACGGAAGAGAACGAGAAAACCGCUGGCGAUGCCAUCCCUGUCAGGGUAGCCCAAACCAAGAAACAACCGGAAGCCGCGGCGACCAAGAUCAACACACCAUCAAACAAAUCUGACGAAACGGCUGAUGACUGUCCAGCACCUAAAGAAGACCUACCAGGCCGUAAGCUUCUCGACACGAUUGCAAAUCCGACGAUCGCAAAGGGUAAAACGACUGCCGCCGAUACGCAGGGUACCGACGAGCCUUGCCCGGACCUGGCGAGCCGAACGGUCGAC